GGCCAGGCCUCACAGGGCCUGUCAGCGGCCGAGCCGCUGCGGCCGCAAUGUAGCGGAGCGCCCGUUGCCUUCGGAGCUGCUAGCUCGAGCCAGGCGCUGCCGCUGGCCGCGGGAUGAGAAAACGGAACGAGUCCGUGACUGUGAAGCAUGAGCGCCUCGCUGUCACCCCGCCGCCGCCCCAGGCUGCCGGCUGCAACUUGAGGCACAGCCUGCGCCUGCCUGGCGGCCCCGCCCGAGACGCGGGCAUGAAGCGGCCGCUCGGCAGGCGUUAUGGAUUAUGGUUCCGAUUACGGAAGUUAAUAAUCUGGUUGGUGGGAGUGUACAUAGCCAUUCCAUUCCUAGUAAAACUUUGUCCUGUUAUUCAGGCAAAGCUGGUCUUCUUAAAUUUUGUGAGGGUCCCAUAUUUCAUUGACUUGAAAAGACCACAGGAUCAAGGUUUAAAUCACACCUGUAAUUAUUAUCUGCAGCCAGAGGAGGAUGUAACUAUUGGAGUCUGGCACACAGUCCCUGCAGCAUUGUGGAAGGAUGCUCAAGGAAAGGACCAGCCAUGGUAUGAGGAUGUUUUGGGUUCCAACUAUCCUAUAAUCCUUUACUUGCAUGGAAAUGCAGGAACCAGAGGAGGGGAUCACCGUGUGGAACUCUACAAGGUGUUAAGUUUCCUUGGUUACCAUGUAGUCACAUUUGAUUAUCGAGGGUGGGGAGAUUCAGUAGGCACUCCUUCCGAGAGAGGGAUGACCUAUGAUGCCCUCCAUGUGUUUGACUGGAUAAAGGCAAGAAGUGGAGACAAUCCUCUCUAUAUAUGGGGGCAUUCCUUAGGCACUGGGGUUGCAACGAACUUAGUGAGACGCCUUUGUGAACGAGAAACUCCUCCAGAUGCCCUUAUCCUGGAAUCGCCAUUUACUAACAUACGUGAGGAAGCAAAAAGCCAUCCAUUUUCAGUGAUAUACAGAUACUUCCCUGGGUUUGACUGGUUCUUCCUUGACACCAUCACGAUGAGCGGAAUUAAAUUUGCAAAUGAUGAGAAUGUAAAAUACAUUUCCUGUUCACUGCUCAUCCUCCAUGCUGAAGAUGACCCCGUUGUACCAUUUCAUCUCGGAAAGAAGCUUUACAACUUGGCUGCAACAUCACGGAGCUUCCGGGACUACAAAGUGCAGUUCGUUCCUUUCCACACAGACCUAGGCUACCGGCACAAGUACAUCUACAGGAGUCCAGAGCUACCUCGAAUACUGCGGGAAUUCCUGGGGAAAUCUGACCAUGGGCAUCAUCACUGAGGACCGGCUGAUUGGUAGCACUAAAGCUUUCUUUUCUGUUUUGGGGGGUCAGUCUGCCUUUCUUUCACCCCCUAUGGAAUUCCUAUGGUAGUCCUGAUGUGUACCCUUGGAAACCCAGAUUCCCAGCAUCAGCAUUUGAGAAGGUAGAGGAAAGAAGAGAAGUUAGUUAUCUUCUGUGUUAACAUGGACAGGAAACAAAUCCCACGCAGCAAUACCAAACAGUUAAAACUUGAGCACAACAGAGACUUACCAAUACAGAAUAGCUAACCCAUGUAGACAUUCCUAGAAAUUGUGCAUCAGGACCAAUGGCCUUUUUUCAGUUUUUUGAACAGCAGUGGACUGAGAUACCUACACAAGGGUGGCUGCCACCAUCUCUCUCUGCCAUGCUUGUCUGGCUUGAGUUCCAGUGGUUUUCCUUUAGAAGAAGAAACACGUUUAGUGCGUUUUAUUUUUCAAAGGUUAUAAUUAGAAACAUGCUGAGAAUCCUGGGGAGAACUGGUAUUUUAUUGAAAUCACUUCUAGAAUCCUAGAAUCAGUAUUGCAAAGGUGUCUGAAUCAUUGGCAGAAAAACCCAAUUUUGAAAAAAACCAAGAGCAAAGUCAGCUGUAUUUCCUAAGAAUCCUUAGAUCCCUCUUGCUUCUUUUCUGCCCCCUGAGCCCUGCCUUUGGAGCAUCUCUUCUGCUCUUAUGUGCUUAAUGUCCCCUCACUCCUUCCUAGGCAUCUCUCUGAAGAGUCCCAAUCCUGAUAUCUCCUAGGCAGAUUUACUACAUGCUGUAGACUUUAUUUUGCAGGCUUCUUGUUUGUCUGAGUUCCCCCCUCUCUUAACAGUCCAGGUCUAGAACAUGCCAGACUUUCUUAAUGGUGGUGGUGGUGACAUGUCUUCCAUUCUCCUGUGACACACAGAGACACAAGCACUUUCUUGGGCAGGAGGCAGUGAUUCAGGCUCCUGCAUGUUUUCUCCUCAGACACUCAUGCAUUUUGUAGCUCUUCUUGGCAGAGACAAAGAGCGAGGUGGCCUUUCUAGCUCCUUUAGGCAGUGCAAAUCAUGCAUAGCUAAAAGCAAGCAGCAGUAUAUGGUUAGCCAG